GGAAAUGGAAGGACAGAAUUGCCAAAGUCGGUCACUGAAGGUGGAAACUGCCUGUGGACCAAGUUGCGAAAGACGCAGUGGGGCACAGCAGGAUCCUAGGGCCUGAAACUCGCCAAUCUGCCCGCCCUUUCUGGCAAGCCUUUUGGCGGCAGCAACCUGGCCUUCUAUUGGCCACAAGCUGUGUCCGGUGAGAAGCGCGGGCUUUCUAACUUCCUGCGGGGUGGCAGUUCAAGGGAGAGCCAGCUGCGCGCCAUCUGCAAAGCUCCACUCCCACUGCAGCGGUCACUGGCACGGUUGGGGCAGAUCCUCCGCUUCUGCUGCGCGGCAGAGAUUCUUUUGACAGCCCACUGAGCGCCAUCCCUGCAGUUGUUGUGAGUCCCAGUGCAGCGGUCACCAGCACCUUUGGGGCAGAUUCUCUGCUUCUAUAGGAGAGUAAAUUCGGUCCCUGUCACUCCAUUUGGCCAGAAAUCCGAGUCCUUUCAAGUGUGAGGAUAAGCCCAUUCCUGUCUCUUCAUCUUGCCAGUAGGGGAAGUGUGUUAGAUUCUCUUGGCACUCAUCAUGAACCCCGUGAAACGUGAAGAGAACACGUCACUCAGUACUACUGAAUAUGACCAGAGUACCAGACCUGAAGUUUCACAGGAUACUGGCAUGGAGCAGUCGUGUGCUGGCACACAUGAUGAUCAUUCUCCAUCUGACAACAGAGGAUGCAGCAGCACCAUUGCACUUAAAUGCGAAGUCAAAAAAGAAGAAGAGGAUAAUCCCCAUAUUCCUCAAGUGAAGACAGGCUCCAGAAGAAAACCAAAUGUUAUAACUAAUACCCAGGCUCAAGGACCUGAAGACCAGGCUAUAUCCCCAAAUAAGGUACUUUACAUUACCUUGGGUGUACACCAGAGGAAAAACAAAACCAUGAAAUACCGGCUCACACAUAGUGAGAGGGCUAGCUUAUCCGUGGCACUUGACACUCUUAAGGCUGUUAGAGAAGAGAGAGAAAGAAAGCAAGGCAGAGAAAUGCUGGUUAAGGGCAUAGAAGGAAUUGAAGGCUACAUAAACCUUGGAAUGCCCCUCAGUUGUUUUCCUGAAAACUGCCACUUGGAAAUUACAUUUGCCCAGAGUAAAAGUAAGCAGAAAGAAGGGAACCAGAUAUUUGGCCGGCAUGACAAGGCAUCUGUUGACUGUGUCAAAUUUUUUAUCCAUGCAAUUGGGAAGAAGAGAAAAAGGAUUGUCAAAUGCGGGGAACUUCACAAAGAUGGGUGCAAACUCUGCGUCUAUGCUUUCAAAGGAGAAACCGUCAAGGAUGCUGUGUGCAAGGACAGCAGAUUUCUUCCCUUUCUGGAGACUGCUGAUUGGAAACUCAUUGAAAACCUGGAAUCCAUUGUAGAAAGCACACAGCGAGUUGAUGACUUAGAGGGCAAGUUCUUUGAGGUUGAGGUUGAGAAAAGGGGGGUCUCUAAGGUAGCAGCCACUCAGAAUUGUGUUUCGGCAACCACUCAGAAUUUUGAUUCGGCAGACUCUCAGAAUUCGGAGUUGGAGGAAAGAAACACCUACUGGUUGAAAGAAGAAAUUGUGACCCAAUACCCUAGUUUGAAAAGAGAAACUGAAAAAAUUAGAGCAAGCUUCAAAAGGAAAUUGAAAACAAGAAAGGGGAAAACAAUAUAUCAUGCACAUAAAACGAACUUUGGGAAACAGACAAAAAACUCUAUCCCAGUUAAAAUACUCAAACUUCUUUCUCGUCAUAGUGACUCAGUUGGGCACAUAGAAUGGGACAACAAUGGGAACAAGGGUUGUGCCACCUGCUUUGUUUUUGCAGAGUUGUACAUUUUUACUUGUCGGCAUGUAAUAAGUGACAUUGUAGGAGAUGGAAUAGAGCCAAGUAACUGGGCAGACAUAAUUAGUCAAUGUGUAAGGGUGACAUUUGGUUACGAAGAUAGACAAGAAAAAAACGAGUAUUUUUCCGUUGAACCUUGGUUUGAGAUAUCUGAUGUACCUCUUGAUUAUGCUGUUCUGAAACUGAAGGAAGAUGGACAACAAGUACCUGUUGGACUAUAUAAUGGAAUUGGUCCUGCUCCACUUAGUGGGUUGAUAUAUAUUAUUGGCUAUCCAGGAUGGGAGGUAAAGUCUACUGAUGGUUGUGUUGUAAUCCCUCAGGGUCAGCGAGUACAGAAAUAUCGGGAACAUCUUCAGGCUGGGGGUUAUGAUGACAACAUGCAGUAUAUCCAUAUGUACACUCAAAGAAGUUUCCAGGAAAUUGUUCCCAGCCCUGAUGUGGUUACCUAUGACACCAGUUUUUACUUUGGGUCUUCUGGCUCACCAGUGUUUGAUUCAAAAGGUUCAUUGGUGGCCAUGCAUACUGCUGGCUUUCGUAAUCUCUACGAGAGUGAAUUUUCCAGUAUCAUUGAGUUUGGCUCCAUUAUGGAAUCCAUCCUCCAUAAUAUUAAACAAAAUUAUGGAACAUGGUAUGAAAAAUUAUGCAUAACUCAGCAGGAUGUAGAAAUGGGGUGUGCUGAGGAGGGAGAACAGUGAGAAUUCAGUCUGUUUCUGAGCUUUAAGAGAAUUACCUAUGGAAUGUAAUUCCACAGGCGAUGGUAGUUUCCUAAACUCCAAAAUGGUUAAUUUCAUCAAUAAUAAUAAUAAUUCAUAUAAUUGACCACUUUCUAUGCAUUUUUCUAAGCACACGAAGAAACAAGUUGUAACAAUUCUAUGAGUUUGGCUAUUAUAUCCCUAUCCCUAAGUUCAGUUGCUUGAAGGCAGGCUCUAAGACCUGUUCAUCUCAUUAUCCCCAAAGUCUGGCACAUAGAAAGUAAGUGAUUAGAAAAUGUGUGAGUCAACCAGUAGCAAAACUUAGGGCUCCAGUUAAUCUUUUUUUUUCUAAUUGAUUUUUAUUGUUGAGAGUUGCCAGGGUGUUUCUCCCUGCAUCUAAAAGAGUUCAGAAGCCCUGGCCUGCUUGGCUCAGUGGAUAGAGUAUUGGCCUGCAUUCUGGUCAAGGGCAAAUGCC